GCGGGAGGAGCGAGUGCGCCUGCGCAGAGAGGUGGUGAGGGGAACUUAUUCCAAAAUGGCGGAGCGCGGCUACAGCUUCUCGCUCACUACCUUCAGUCCUUCUGGAAAGCUCGUUCAGAUUGAAUAUGCUUUGGCUGCAGUGGCUGCAGGUGCUCCAUCAGUUGGGAUUAAAGCUGCAAAUGGAGUGGUGUUGGCAACUGAGAAGAAGCAGAAAUCCAUUCUGUAUGAUGAAAGGAGUGUCCACAAAGUAGAGCCAAUUACCAAACAUAUAGGUUUAGUUUACAGCGGUAUGGGUCCAGAUUACAGAGUACUUGUGCACAGAGCUCGGAAGCUGGCCCAGCAAUAUUACCUGGUUUAUCAUGAGCCCAUUCCAACAGCUCAGCUGGUACAGAGAAUUGCUUCUGUGAUGCAGGAAUACACGCAGUCUGGUGGUGUUCGUCCGUUUGGUGUGUCGCUGCUAAUAUGCGGCUGGAAUGAAGGGCGGCCGUACUUGUUUCAGUCAGAUCCAUCUGGAGCUUACUUUGCAUGGAAAGCAACAGCAAUGGGAAAAAAUUAUGUCAAUGGGAAAACAUUCCUGGAGAAAAGAUACAAUGAGGAUUUGGAGCUUGAAGAUGCCAUUCAUACAGCUAUCUUAACACUAAAGGAAAGCUUUGAAGGGCAAAUGACAGAAGACAACAUUGAAGUUGGCAUCUGCAAUGAAGCUGGUUUCAGGAGGCUUACUCCAACCGAGGUUAAGGACUACUUGGCUGCGAUAGCCUAGUAGCAACAGAGCAAGACUGUGUGAUUCACACAAAGGUCUUUUUAAUUUUGGCUACUUAGACAUUUUUGUUUUGCCAUUUUUGCGUACUUAUUUCUACAUGGUUUGAGAGAGGUUUUUUUUAAACACCAUGGGUGGAAAUGCCACAAUCCUGAUAUUGUAAUACACAGAAUCUUACCAGUAAUUCUUUCCCCUUGUACAAGGAGACUUUGGACACAAAAAACUGUACAAAAUGUAAAGUUAAAAUGACAGCUUGAAACAGGCUAAAGAAUAAAAUUUGAAGGCCACCGUUUUGGGGGAAAGUGUCUGUCUGUCUUUUUUAUCCAUAGUUUGUCUGCAUCAAGCUGAGAUUUCAGUAGUUUUGUUGUCGAGGAAAUAAAUCUCCACAUACAGCCGUGAUAAACUCAUGUUAGACCUUCUUUAUAUAACUGAAAUUUUGAGUGGUCAGGAUAAUCUUUUUGCUUUGGAAUGCUGUUUAAAUAUGAAGUAACUUCCAAAAAAACCCUGUUUUACCUGGUGUAAGAGAUCAUGUGCUUCCAUAACAGGCAGAAGAGUUUUCAUUUCAGGUGUUAUCUACUUGACCCUCGUGGUCUUUGUGUCUCAAGAUCUUGUUUCCUAUUCCUGAGGUUAUUUUUACAGCCCUAAAAUUGACACUCUUUCAACCCACAAAUAUUUUUAGAA